AUGCCCGCAAAAUACUCUCAUAUCAAACGGCGUACUCCCAAUCCCAAGAAGAAUGCAAAGGGCUCCAACAACAACAGUAAUGGCUCCAAGCAAGUGCUCAAGCACCGACAUUCGCACCAUCCCAAUCCCCACGCUGACCGCAGCGUAACCCAAGCUAUGUCAGCUGUCACUCAGCUUGAACGUGCUAUUUCCCGCAUCCUACUUCUCCGGUACGAGCAGGAUAUCGCCCGGUUGUUCUCGACACGUCUUCACGACAUCGCUCUCGUUCAUCUCCCCACUUUUGUGAUGCGUUGCGUGACGUUAGGUGGUCCUAGUUGGGCAGCACACAAUGCAGACUGCGAAGAGAUCAAGGAUUUUUUUCGAGCCGCGAUCAGCAUGGACAUGCGUCAAGCUGGUGAGAGAGUUGCUACGAAGAGUGUCUUGUGGAGUUACACGGCUUUGAGGCAUUUUGCGAUGUCAAAUAAUGUGACUAUAUGUCAGAAACGUGGUUUGCAUUCGAUGAGACUGCUACCGCAUUAUUCGUCCCUGAAGGGGCAUCUGGAUGUAUUGGAAGCGAUGCCUCCACCUGUUAUCUCUAAGCCUCCCCAUCUAGGGUCUCUCAAGGAGGGGAUAGAAGCACUGGAGGAAGCAUGCGAGCACAAAUAUGCCAGGUGGAGCCAAAUACCGCCCGAGUGGCAGCAUGAUUGGCGACCCAAGGUACGAUUGGGGUACGAGAAGGUCACACAAACGCUUUGGCGUGUAGCACGGGAAUUUGAUGUACGAGGAUACGGCCAGGUGUUGAGGGAGAAGCUGUCCACCAAGUGGUGUGACUGCGGGUGCUCAACGGACCAUCUAGGUGAAGUGUGCGAGAAGACUGUGAGAGAGGACGAGGAGGAAAGCGGGGUGCGUUCUGGGAAGCAGAGGGAAUGGGAUGGCAGAGGAAGCGGCAUCUUCGGGUGGGAGACAGAGGAAGAGGAGGAUAUAUGGGAGCUGGAGCUAGAUUUCAGUGGUAUGGAUCCAGAGGAUUUAGACGAGGGCAUCGAUCCCAGUAUGACUAUUGGAGAGAUCAUGGAGUGGCGGUUCCUCAAGGCUGAGCGAGAGAAGGAGCAGGGUAACACUGCUUUCCGAAGGGGUCUCUUUGGUACAGCAAUUACACACUAUCAGGCAGCGCAUAAAAUUGAGCCUGAGUUGCCGCAUUACCAACUGAAUUUAGCUGCUGCGUAUCUGAAGCUGAACAACUGGAUAGAGGCGGAAAAGGCUUGCACAAAGGCAUUAAGCCAGCACCGUAGCGGGAAAGGAUACUUCCGUCGUGCGCGCGCUCGAAGAAUGCUCGGGAAAACGGAUGAUGCUAUUAGAGAUCUGCGCGCCAUACUCAAGUUCCAACCGUCAAAUAAUGACGCUAUAACAGAACUACUCGAGCUGUUACCCCCUGACACUAACACUCCCACUCCCUCAUCCUCUUCCGCCGACCAGCGAUACCUCGAACAUCUACAUGCACAUCUCGGAAUCGCCAAGCCCAAAUCGAUAAAACCCCCACCCUUCCCACGCGUUCCAAGCGACAAUAUGAAGCUGAAGAUUGUGAUACUGCCCACGAACGACGUGCCAAUAUGGGAGCACCAUCAUGAGGUUACGGAGAAAGGCAAGCAGAAAUUAACGAUGACGAUGAAGACUAGUUUGACGCCGAGGGAGGCGGAGAUGCAGAGGCUGAGGAGGGAGAAUACGGCGUAUCCAAGUUGGGAUAGGUAUGUGGUGAAGAAAGCCUGAGGGGAGGAUGUUAUUUGCCUCUUCUGUCGUUUAUAUAUUUACGGCUUGAUUAAUCUUUGACCUCUAUGUCGUUUGUGCAGAAAGGACAUUAGUCGCCCUCGUCAAGGAACGGCCGACUUCCUUCUUCCAGCUGAACAUCCAAUGUUUGAAGGUCUACAAGCGAGCUUAUCUUCACUAGCAACAACUCUCAUAUAAUCAGAAUGUGCCCAAGG